AUGGCAAAGAAAGGACUAUCUAAGAACUCACGUGCUGCUCGUCGCGGAGAUGUGAAUCCCUUCGAGAGUUCAGAAGCAAAAGAGCUUGCAUCUUUACCAAGAUUAGAAAAAACUGAUACAGUCUCCCCAUUGAUUCGUUCUUCGAUAAACAAAAACCAACAACUUUUAAAUGAUAGAAUGACCAAGGCUUCCAGAGAAGGUUCGAAACUUAAGCCUGGAGAUAAUAUUGUGACCAUGCAUAACAGCAAAAAGAAGCAACAUAUGGUGUCUAAAACGAUACGGACUAAAACUCAGAGAUUCCAGAAUGUGGACGGUAGACUAGGUAGAAAAAUUGAAAAUGCAUUAAAGAGAAAGAAGACUAUUGCAAAUCUGAGAAAAACAGGAUGGGACAAAAUCAACGAAAUUGCUAAGAAUUCCCUUUCCAAUGAUUUGGUCAGUCAGAUAGACAGCGAAAAGAAAACAGAUACUGAUGUCGAAGAAGAGAUUAUUGAUGAAAUGAGAGACGAUGAUGAACCACUGGUCGUGGAAAACAAGAAUCCUUUCGGUUUUUUGGAAGAAGAAGAAUGA